CUCUUUUUUUUCCACAUCUACCUGGGCAUAAGAAUUUAGCGCCACAAUGAGUAAUCUCUCCACAGGGGAACUUCAACGAGAGGGAUGUAGUCGAAAUGAGGAUUUUAAAAGAGUGCAUAUCGCAGCCCGACCUCUGCGACGUCAGGUCACUCAUCAGGUAUACACCCGGCUUUCGGGAUCUAUUCCAAGUAACUAUUACGACAGUGCCAGUGCUCCAUUCGUAUGGGAACAGAGUGAUGAUUCAUCUUCCGCUCCAGACCCGGAGCCUUCAGACAGCCUAUCCCAAAAACAAACUGAUGACCGCAUAGAAGAAUGGAUGGAGAGAAUGAAUGUUCAUGGCCAAGAAGCCGGUACGGAACAUACCAAAGAAACUACCUACGCAACUGUAGGGACUUACCCAUUCGCUGUCGGAGUGGUAGACCCGGACACGCUAGCCCCGAGCAUAGUUGGGAGCCAUUUCAGUGAUGACAGUCUACCGAGUAGACCGACGUCUCCCGUGCAUCCACCCCCUGUGAUGCAAAGACACCCGGGCCAAGAGCCAGUGGUCCUCCUUCCACCUGGUUACGUCCCGCCCGAGAGACGCGCGGAGCGAGAACGUGCAAACCAGAUAAUCGUAUCCGAAAGCUCGGAAAGGCGCCGCCGUCGCCGCGAAGAAAGAGAUAGAGAUCGACAACGAUACGACUAAGAAUGUUGCCGCAUUUGAUAUAUUCCCAAGGGGCUAGUGUGGAGAUCGAAGGCUUAUGAGUGAGGGCGCGCGAUUCUCUGGUUUUAUUGGAUGUAAACGAUUUACGAUGUUACGACUCUUGAAAUGCAGAAAAAAACAAAGUGUUUCUAACUCAUUGGGGGCGAAUAUACGAGUUCUUUCUUACCUAGGCAAAUUAUCUGAUAGCAAUGAAAUUCGGGUGCAUAACAGAAUGUUCAGGCACCAGUUGGACGCUAACACCAAAUGGGCUUGCAGCCUAACUUAUG